GAACUCUACUCCCCAGUGCUUCAAGGAAUGUUUGAUUGUUUUUUUGCUCAUCGCUGUUUCAGUCUCGUCCUCGUCGGCGUAGCUGGUGCAAUCAUUGCUUCGAUAUCAGUAAUAUUCAACGUGUUCCUGUUUUAUAUUCUGGUUAGCAAUAGACGCUAUCGAUCGACUAGUUUGAUCUACCUGAUAUUUCUUGCGCUGGCGGACACAUUUUUGUCGGCAGCGUACAUUUUGCUGUUUCCCGUCAACCUCUACAUGGACUACUUUGCCUCCGAGCUGCUUGCCGCAGCUUGGUGGUCCUACAUGCGUGUCAUCAUCACCGCGUCGCACAUCUUCAUCUCCCUGUCGGCGUUCCUCAUCGUCGCUGCUGCUUUCGAGAGAUACGUCACCAUCUCAAAAAUCCGAAAUCGGUUUGCCUUGCGUCAUCGACUGGCCAUUUCGACCAUGGCACUCAAAUUCAUGAAAACAUCAUUGUUGCUUUUUUAUGUGGUGGCGAAUGGAAACUGUACUGGCGUCACCUCCCUAACGGCCAUUGUUAGUGAAUUCAGUGAGCAGGAGCCGUACAAAACGACUUACAAGUUCUGGCUUCGGAGCAUCGUCACUAUCAUUCUGCCGUUUGUCCUCUGUUUCUACUUCAACAUCGGAAUUAUUCGAAUUCUUCGAAUUCAACAUAAAAGAGCGAAACUCUUUCGAUUCGCGACUUCGGAACAUCGCGUUAGUUGA